AUGGUGUUCUCCAAGGAAUUAUGGCACACUCAAAAUUAUGUUUCUAUUUUUGACAAUUCCAGCAAAUUUGAACUCUGUAGUUUUGGUAUAGCCUUUUAUAAUGGACUAUGGGCAUAUGAUGGAUGGGGACUCAUUUGCACAAUCACAGAGGAAUUGAAAAACCCAAAAAGGGACCUCCGACUAGCAAUUCUUUUCGGAGUCGGAUUUGUUAUUCUAUGUUACCUUUUGAUUAACUUAGCGUUGUUGGCGGUUUUGACCCACAGAGAAAUUGCAAGUUCAUUAUCAGUGCUUACGCUGUUUGUGAAAAAGAUUCUCGGCAAAAAUCGCAUUCGUUGUGCCCUUUGCUGCUGCUUUUUUCUGUUUCAGUGUACUGAAACAUUUUGUGUUCUCUCCGCCUCUCGCGAAGGACAUUUGCCUGAACCAUUGUCGUACAUUCAUAUGGACAGAAGAACGCCCAUACCAGCUGUCUUAUUUCUAUCUUUACUGUCAAUGAUUUGGAUUCUCGUUCUUGGAGCAGGAACACAAAAUCUUCUUAUUUACUUUUCAUUUGCAAUUUGGUUUACAUACGGCUUAGCGAUAUUCGGUGUCAUUGUUCUACGGGUGCGCCAACCAGAUCUACCGAGACCCAUCAAGGUAUGGAUUAUCAACCCGAUAUUCAUGACAUUAGUUUCUCUGUUACUUUUAGUUUUUCCAUUUUUAAAACGACCAGUUGAGAGCAGUUUAAGCCUGGUUUUUGUUUUAGUAGCAGUUCCGAUAUACUUUCUAGUUGUGCAGGAACGAAACUGCACUCCAGACUGGCUGCGCAGUUGGAAAGACAAACUAUACUUAUGUAUCCUUUUGCGCUGUAACCUCGUGAAGUGUGUUUUUGUUGCACGCAAGACUGCCGUAAAGAAUUCUCAAAUAGAUACUACAAGUGUUUAGUUGUAUAAUCAGCAUUGGUUAUGGAUGAGUUUUUGUACUGGUACGAUGUUUUGACCGGUAGAAAGAAAUAAUGUGAGUAUUACUACGAUGAGCCCCCUUUAAUUUUAAUUUGAUAUUAUGUACCGUAAAUUCUCUUUUCAGCUCCCCUUUUCAUUGAGCCCCCCUCUCUUAUUAG